GCGGUGUUUGCACACUUGCGAUUUUCUCGUCACUCCGAAAUUUCGGGAGAAACGCGGCUGAAGGAGGUUGGAGAGAACUGCAGCAAUUCUCUGGUUUUCUCUCAUCUUGAUGAUUCUUCAUAGUCACACUGAGUCAAGUGUGGGUCACAUCAGACGACAGUGUUGACCAAGUGGAGAGGAAAUGUCCUCGUGGCGAGACGAUGAUGAGGAGUUUAGGAUUGGACCAGUAAAAGGAGGGUUGCGGUCCAAACCAAGGUUCUCCAUCACUGAGGUCAAGCUGCUGCUGGAUGCAGUGAAGAAGAACAGAUCCAUCCUUUUGAACAAGUUCAACAGGGGCGUGUCAGUUGAAGCCAAGAAACAAACAUGGGCUGAAAUCACAGAUCAGAUCAACGCACUAGGCGAGAAUCACAGAGAGGUGCGCCAAAUCAUGAAGAAAUGGGCCGAUCUCAAAUGUGACGGAAAAAGACGCAUCGCAGCCUUGCGGGGGCCCAAUGGUUCCACGUUCAGGAAGAAGAACCUGGGUGUUGUGGAGAAGAUGGUACACAAAAUAUUGACGAUGAGUCCGAAAGGAGGUGACGACAGUGACCUUGAGGUCGGAGUUGAGGAUGAAUCCACAGCUUCGUACUCCUACCUCAGCGUGAUGGACAACUCGCACCCCUUUCCUGAAGGAGUCUCGGGCGACAUCUCUCCUCUGUCCUCACCUGAGAAAGACACUAGUGGAGAACAGUUCCGUUCUUCCCCAGAGUUUGAAGUGGACAUGGGAGAAGAUGGAGAAGGCACCAUGGACUUUGAUGAAAAUGACGACUCCUUGUUCUCCUCCCUCCCUACUUCUCUUCCCACACCUUCCUCUUUGGACCCUUUGCCUGAUAACGCCCUGAUGAGGAUGAAACCAGUUCACACCUACUCCAGAAACGGCAACCAGAACAUCAACCACAUCCAGAGACAAAACAACACUGGACCUACACCUGAGGCCUCUUCCACUGCGGAUGUUGCUGCCUCCACCUCAAAUUCAGAUGCCACCAAGGGGGCUCAGUCUGUUACCGGCUCAAGACUGACUGAUCCAGCUACCUCUGACCUCGCUUCCUCCUCCUUCUCCCUCCCUCUUUCUAAACAACCAACUCUCUCCUCGACCCCCUCCACUCUGCCUUCUAGUCAGGCUGCCACUUCAGUCGCGGACCCAUGUGACCCACUUCCGGCUGGUGCGUCCUCCCGCCGAGUUCAGGACCACGUAUCCCAGAUGGCAUUUCAGAGUGUGCAGCAGCAGCGGGCCAGUCGGAUGCUGCUGUCGUCUGUGUCUCAGUCUCUGGAGGUGUUGGCUCAGUCGGUUCAGCUGCUGGUGGAGAGCCAGCAGGAGUUUGUGCAGGAGUCACUGCUGUUGCAGAGGGAGACGGUGGACAUCCUGAGGGACUUCUCCAACACGGCGCUCAGCAUGCUGAGAGACAAACAAAGUAACAGCCAGAUGGCCGGACACCCUGCACACUGCUGAGGAGUUCAUGUACGUAGCUAACACUGUUCCUGCUUUGGUACUGUUCACCUCUGUUUAAGAGGUUGUUUUGUGUUUGUCACAUACACUGAGCUCUUGUGGGGACAGGUUCAUUCACAGGAUGACGUUUAUGUUGACAGGUCCAUGGACAUUCUCGUGGUAACAUUAAAAAACAUGCAUGUGUCUGGACAUUCCCAGGUCCACGGAUAGAUCCUGUGUUCAGGUUCAGACUGAUGCAGGUCAUUGUUCCAAUAGAAAAGAACAGUUCCACAGUUGGAAGUCCAUAGUUGAAGGGACCCAGCAGACAUCACAGGUUUAAAACAGACACAGUUGGUUAUUGUGUAACCUCCAGUCUUCAUUGGUCAUAAAAAACCCAGCUUAAACCAGCCUUUUAGUCUGGACUUCAGGUCUUUAUUAACAUCAGGACACACUGUCCCCAUGGUGGAGAGUGUCCUCAGGUUUAGGCAACCCUAGAGUAGGAAGUAUGUUUUCUGGUUUCAGAAGUAACUCAGAAAUAUUCACACUUGGUCUUCUUGGCCAUGUUCCCAUUUUUCUGAUCAGCAUCCGUAAUCUGGGUCUUCCCUGGUGGUAUUUUAAGAUCAGUUGAAAAAUAAAGUUUGCAUAUAGAGAGAAAAUAGAUGGAGUCUUUUAUUCUGCACAGUCACAAACUCUCUCUUUACUGAUCUGUCUUUUCUACCAGAAUCAUCCAUUAUGUUAAUGAUACCUUAAUGUAUGUAAAUCUGUAGUGUUAUUAAAAAGCUGCUGUCUUAAACAGUGAUGAUUGGACCUGUAGUCUCUGGGACCUCUCCAGAGGGAGGUAACUGUUGGAUCUUUGAGGGAUGGAGAGUUAAUAGACUGCUAAUAAGAAACUAAGCAGGGAAGAUUUUUGGAAAUCUGUGUUAACAGUCUGGAAAUUGUGUUAUUCUAAGGUUUAAAUUGUUUUUUGGAUCUGUCACUGUCAGGUCUAUGGAGGAACAAGUCGUACGUUUGAACUUUGGUGUUUAUUCUAGUGAUUGUUAUGGCAACGUCAGUGGCAGAGUAGAAACUCUAACCUCCCCUCAACUGUGUUUUAUCCACAGAGAAAAAAAGAUUUUUUUUUUUAAACUUCAUAUAGUUUUACACUGAAGUAAAACUUGGUCCUUAAAAAUUGUCAUUAUUUUUUUUAUGUUUUUGUGUAAGAGCAGACAAUGAAUUGUUUUAGGUGAACAUCUGCAGCAGCACUGGAAAAACUGAAGCCUGUUUGAUGUUUCUCAAACCAAAACCCAAUAAAAUAUUAUAAAAUAAAGUGAAAG